UUUGAGUUGUUGAGUUAUCCCCGAAGAAGAGUGAGAGUCAUUAAUAUUAAUGGAAGAGGUAAACAACAGGUUCGUAGCAAUAAAGGGCCACAUAAAUGGUGCUCCAGCUGAAUCCGAUUUCGAAAUCAAGAGCGAAACAAUAUGUCUGUCGCUAAAGGCAAACGAAGUAGAGGUGAUCGUGAAGAAUGUGUAUGUGUCCGUGGAUCCAUACCAGCUGAAUCGCAUGAAAUCCCAGAGCUCCUCCCAGGGCACAAUCAACUUCGCCUCCUCAAUCUCUCCCGGCCAUGCCAUCGAUACAUACGGUGUGGGUCGGGUGGUGGCGUCGGGGCGGGCGGAUUUGGAGAAGGGGGAGCUUGUGGUUGGGCUUCUUACAUGGGGAGAGUACACACUUGCAGAGCCAGGGAGACUCUUGAAUAAAUUGGACGCCAUGGGGCAGGACUUGCCUCACCAUGUUGGCGCUUUGGGAUUUAGUGGACUAACGGCGUACGGAGGGUUUUAUCAAGUAUGCAAGCCGAAGAAGGGAGAGAGCGUGUUUGUGUCAGCGGCUUCGGGCUCUGUGGGAAGUCUGGUCGGACAGUAUGCGAAGCUAUUUGGCUGCCGUGUCGUUGGCUGUGCCGGUUCUCAAAAAAAGGUUGAUUUACUUAAGGAAAAGCUUGGUUUUGAUGAUGCUUUCAACUACAAGGAAGAGACCGAUCUCAAAUCCGCUCUCAAAAGGUACUUCCCGGAUGGAAUGGACAUAUAUUUCGACAACGUGGGCGGGAAGAUGCUGGAGGCCGCGGUGGCGAACAUGAAGCAGUUCGGGCGGGUGGCAGUGUGUGGCGUGAUCUCUGAGUAUACUGGCAGCGGUAAGAGGGCGGCUCUGGAUAUGCUGGACGUGGUAUACAAGAGGAUCACCAUUCAAGGAUUUUUAGCUGCCGAUUACUUGAAAUGCUACGCCGAUUUCAUGAAGACCACCACGGACCACCUCCGCACCGGAAAAAUGCACUCUCUUUGCGACAUCUCGCAUGGCGUCGAGAGUGUCCCGGCUGCUUUCAUCGGCUUGUUUUCUGGUGAAAAUAUUGGAAAAAAGAUUGUCCAAAUUGCAGAUUAAUGAUUUUCCAAUGAUAACAAUAUAGAGGAAUGCGUAUCUAGUCAUGGAUCAUUUUAUGACCGAAUUAUUCUAUUUAAUAAAGCUUGAAAUUUGAUGAUUCCA